CGCCUCGUCGGUGCGAUGGCGACGGCGACGAUGGCGACCGCGGCCGGCGCGGCGGCGCUGCUGUACUACACGCUGAACCGCCGGCUGCAGACCGAGAAGCUCGACAGCGGGGAGGACUCGGACGGCGGGAGCGGCAGGGACGCGGCGGCCAGCGGGGCGCUGCUGGAGUCAUCGACCCCUAGCAGGAGCCGCGUGUCGCGGAGGGACGUGCGCGCCCCCGCCACCUGGCUCGAGACCAUCUCCACGCUCUCGGAGACGCUGCGCUUCACCUACUCUGAGACACUCGGCAAGUGGCCCAUCGGGGACCUUGCUUUCGGGAUAAGCUUCCUACUCAGGAGACAGGGAAACUUAUCUAUAGCGAGCAUAUAUGCUGGAGAUGAUAGUGUGGAGCUCAAAGGAGCUCCAGUAGUUACUGAGUUGAAGUAUCUUCUAAGUUUGUUGACACUGUGUUGGCACUUCUCCAAAAAGCCAUUCCCGUUAUUUCUGGAGACAAUUGGCUAUUCUGCGGAGGAUGUUCUUAUGCAAGAACCUAAAGCAGGAAUUUUGAAGCCAGCUUUCACCAUUUUAAUUGAUAGAGACAGACAAUGCAUACUUCUACUAAUUAGGGGAACCCACAGUAUCAGAGAUACCCUGACAGCUGCUACUGGUGCUGUGGUUCCAUUCCAUCAUACAGUAGUCCAGGAAGGUGGUGUUAGCGACUUGGUUUUAGGGUAUGCACAUUUUGGGAUGGUUGCAGCGGCUAGAUGGAUUGCAAAGCUUGCAGCUCCUUGUCUCACAGAAGCAUUACAUAUGUAUCCAGAUUAUAAUAUAAAGGUUGUUGGACAUUCACUUGGAGGUGGAACAGCAGCUCUCUUGACUUAUGUCCUCAGGGAGCAGCAGGAGUUUGCCUCUGCUACUUGCGUGGCAUUUGCUCCAGCUGCUUGUAUGACAUGGGAGCUGGCUGAGUCAGGGGAGCAUUUUAUCACUACAGUCAUCAAUGGAGCUGAUCUGGUGCCAACAUUUUCAGCUGCAGCAGUAGAUGAUCUUCGUUCAGAGGUGACAGCAUCUGCUUGGCUGAAUGAUCUCCGACACCAAAUCGAGCAAACUAGAAUCCUGAGCACUUUCUAUCGGUCUGCAUCUGCUCUGGGUUCACGGCUUCCUUCUAUGGCAAAUGCUAAAGCAAGAGUAGCUGGUGCUGGUGCCAUCCUAAGACCUGUAUCUACUGGGACACAGGUUGUAAUGAGGCGAGCUCGCAGUGUAGCACAGGCAGCAUGGACAAGACCAGGGCUACAACUAUCCUCAUGGGCGUGUAUUGGGCCAAGGCGUCGAAAUACUACUUCAUCUACCUCAAUUGUGACGUCAGAAGAAAUAACAACUUCCACUACAAGUGGUCGCUCUGAAGCCACUUCACUUUUGUCUGAGACCACUGUGGAAACCACACAGAUAGUUACAUCUGAAACUUCACAGUAUGCUGCAUCAGAAGAGGUUCAGAGUUCCAUUACAGCAUCUGAUGCUGUUAGCACCUUGGAUGACAAGGUAGAUAGUGACGGUGAGGACAUCAUCGAUCACCAUGUGGAUGAGGACAGGAUCAGCGAUGUAGAGCUGUGGCAACAACUUGAAAAUGAGUUGUACCGAAAAAGGGAAGAGGAGAAUAACAUAGUUGAAGAUAUGACUGAAAAUAAUAUUGCUGAAGAGGUGGGUGGCACAGCUCAAGAUGUCCUCAGUGAAACCAAUGAGAAGGAGGUGCACAGAUUUUACCCUCCCGGAAAAAUUAUGCACAUAGUAACCUCCAGGAAAUUAGCAGUCGUAGAUGAGGAGAUAGAAGCAGUCAUAGAUGAAGAGGAGAAUGCCAUUCAUCAUGAUGAAGAGCCUAUUAUUCUUCCAGAUGAUACGACCGGGGAGUCAGAGACGAGCAUAGGGAUCUACUUGACACCGAGAUCUUUGUAUGGCAAGCUGAGGCUUUCGAAGAUGAUGAUCAAUGAUCAUUAUAUGCCGAUAUAUAGAAGAAACAUCGAGCAGUUGGUUGCCGAGCUUGAGAAGGACUUGGCUCUGUAGGUUAUAGCCCUGACAAUACGGCUUGCUAGCCCAAACCUGAUACUCACACUUAGUUUCAACUGUUGUAAAAGCUGAUGACAUAGGGUAUUAGUUCCGUAUGUGUAUCUAACAUUACUGGAAUAAUAUCAAAGUGUUUAUCACAACUUCAAUCUCUGAAAAGAAAAUUCUUUAUCACAA